AUGGAUUGGUCACCAAAUGGUAAAAAAUUAGCAAUUGCUAAUGCUGAUCAAGUAAUUUUAUUGUUUGAUGAAACCGGAAAACGACGUGAUAAAUUUGCUACUAAACCGAUUGAUGCUAAGUAUGGAAAGAAGAGUUAUCAAGUGAAAGCAUUAAUUUUUUCACCUGAUUCUACUCGUAUUGCUAUUGGUCAAACUGAUAAUAUUACUUAUGUUUAUCGAAUUGGUAAAACAUGGGAUGAGAAAAAAGUUAUCUGUAAUAAAUUUAUUCAAUCAUCAGCUGUAAUAGCAUUAUUAUGGCCAAAUGAGGAUCGUUUAAUAAUUGGCUUAAUUGAUGGUAAAGUACGAAUUGGUUCAUGUCGUAAUAAUAAAUGUUCCACAUUGUAUAAAACCGAUGUAUCUGUCAUCUCUUUAGCAUUUUCGUGA